GAGAACUCCCCCCUCCCGAAUCGAAGAAGACGGGGACAAAUUUCGCGACCAAAAGUCUAAACCCAUCGUUCGUUCGUUCGUUCGUUCGUUUAGUGGUGCUUUCUUUUCGCCACCACCCCGCGCGGCGCGAUCCGCCGAUCCGGUUUCCCCGCGCCGUGUCUCGAGCAGCGGCGCCGCUCCCGCGCGUCCUGUUUGUCGCUGGGGUUUUGGGGGUGUGUUGAUGCGGCGGGAUUCGGACCCUGGCCUGUGAGUUGGGCGGCGGCGGCGCGGCUGCGGCGGGGUCGGCGCGGGCGCGGCGGAUGUCUGCUAUGAGGCGGCGGCCGGUGCUGCCGUCACACCAGGACGGCAUGGAGAAGGUGGGCGGGAAGCCACCGCAGUCGCGACUAUGCUUCCUCGCCACGCUCUGCGCCAUGUUCUGGGUCCUCAUCUUCUACUUCCACUUCUUCGUCAUCGCCAACGAGCCUGGCGCCUCUGCCGGGGCGCAGCCCGACGACGCCGGGGCGAGCAUUUCCCACGCCGACCUUCCGCUCCCCGAACCCGAACGCUUCUCCGACCCCGUCGUUCCCCUCCCUCCGCCUGUAUUCGUCUCCGAGCCACCGCCUGGCACCGUCUCGGAGCCACCACCUGCCACCGCUACUGUCCCCAAAGUGGAAGAGGAGUCCACGGCCGUCGUCCAGGCGGAGACGCCGCACAAGGAGUACGCGUUCCAGCGAGCGCUCAAGACUGCGGAGAACAAGAGCGACCCGUGCGGCGGCCGGUACAUCUACGUGCACGAGCUGCCGCCGCGGUUCAACGACGACAUGCUGCGGGAGUGCAAAAGGCUCAGCAUCUGGACCGACAUGUGUAAGUUCGUGAGCAACGAUGGGCUUGGUCCGCCGUUGGGUAACGAGGAAGGGGUCUUCUCCAACACCGGCUGGUACGCGACGAACCAGUUUAUGGUGGAUGUCAUCUUCAGGAACAGGAUGAAGCAGUAUGAGUGCCUGACCAAGGACUCGUCCAUUGCUGCUGCGGUGUUUGUGCCGUUCUACGCGGGGUUUGAUGUGGCGAGGUAUCUUUGGGGUUACAACAUUUCGAUGAGGGAUGCUGCGUCGCUGGAUUUGAUAGAUUGGAUGAGGAAAAGGCCCGAAUGGGAUGUGAUGGGCGGGCGUGACCAUUUCUUGGUUGGAGGCAGGAUUGCGUGGGAUUUCAGGCGCUUGACGGACGAAGAGUCGGAUUGGGGCAACAAGCUGCUGUUCUUGCCUGCUGCAAAGAAUAUGUCGAUGUUGGUGGUGGAGUCAAGCCCAUGGAAUGCCAAUGAUUUUGCGAUACCUUACCCUACUUACUUCCACCCUUCCAAGGAUGCUGAUGUUUUGCUUUGGCAGGAUAGAAUGAGGAGCCUGGAACGACCAUGGUUGUUCUCAUUUGCUGGGGCUCCUCGUCCUGAUGAUCCUAAGUCCAUCAGGGGCCAGCUUAUUGAUCAAUGCAGGGCAUCAAGUGUUUGUAAAUUGUUGGAGUGUGAUCUUGGGGAGAGCAAGUGCCAUUCCCCUAGCGCAAUCAUGAAUAUGUUUCAGAGCUCUCUGUUCUGCUUGCAGCCACAAGGUGAUUCCUAUACGAGAAGAUCUGCCUUUGACUCGAUGCUGGCUGGCUGCAUUCCUGUUUUCUUUCAUCCUGGUUCAGCAUAUGUCCAAUAUACAUGGCAUCUUCCGAAGAACUAUACACGGUACUCUGUUUUCAUCCCUGAAGAUGGCGUCCGUACGGGAAAUGUCAGCAUUGAGGACAGGCUAAAAAGUAUCCAGCCAGAUGUGGUCAAGAAGAUGAGGGAAGAGGUCAUCAGUCUCAUUCCAAGGGUGAUAUAUGCUGAUCCAAGGUCAAAGCUGGAAACUCUGAAGGAUGCGUUCGAUGUUUCUGUAGAGGCAAUCAUUAACAAGGUGACACAAUUGAGAAGAGAUAUCAUAGAAGACCGUGAAGAUAAAGAUUUUGUUGAAGAGAAUAGCUGGAAGUAUGAUCUGCUAGAAGAAGGGCAGAGGACAAUUGGACCUCACGAAUGGGAUCCAUUCUUCUCUAAACCCAAGGACAAGGGUGGUGAUUCUACUAAUCCUUCUACUAAAGCUGCCAAAAACUCCUGGAAAAAUGAACAAAGAGGUUGAUGAACACACCACGGCUCUCUGAAGGAUGAAAUAGAUGAAAUUACGGUCCCAAGUUUCAGAAAAUUCUGGUGUCCCGUUCUUUGAAGAUGGAAUUAGGGCUGCUUGCUGAGGAACAGCCAGUCAUUAGUUCAUCAAGGCUCACACAAGUCACAGAGGCAAAUGACACGUCGCCUUCAUCAGUGUAAGCCAAAAGCAGAUCAUGUCCUGCACGUUCCCAUGUUGCUGAUGAACUUGACAUGAAAAAGCGCGGCAUUGUUCCGACCUUUGGUACUCGGAUUUGGGCCCGUGCAAGUAAGAGAUGGUGUCAUGGCCAAGCAUAGGAUCCAACCGGUGGUACUAAGCGUACAGAGGGUGUUAUUAUAUUGGACAGCGAUGCUUUUUAGUCGAAUCUAUGUUUUUAAUCAUUUGCUCGUUGCUUUCCAAGUUUUUUUAUAAGUUUACCCUUCAGACUUAGAGAGCAGGUACAAUAGCAGAUUAUUUCACAGUUAUAAGCAUAUUUUAAAGAGAUAAAGAGAAGAGAGAAGAGAGGUGGACUAUUAAUUUGUAACCAACUACACAGACUCUAAGACAAUAUAUAUAUGACAUGUGAGAUCAUGUACUAAUGUUUUGUAGA